CGGUGUGUGGAAGAGUCACGUGUGAUUGUUGAUCACAUGACAAGGAGACAAUGUCAGGACCUAAUGGGGAUCCGCAGUUCCCUCUGGGCGAAGUGUCAGGAGAGGAAGAUUAUGCUGCGUUGGAUUUCAUGUUGGACCAGAUUAAUUUUUGCCUGGAUCACCUAGAAGAGAAGAAUGACGUUCUGCACGCACAGCUCCAGGACCUUCUUGAAAGCAAUCGCCAGGCCCGGCGUGACUUCCAAGAGCAGAUGAAACAGAAUGGAAGCGCCAGAACAGCAGAUCCCGGAGCCGGCCCACAAUGACCCUACCUAGCAAUCAUUCACAUCCCCUCCCCAAAUACGUUCUCCUCAUCUAAAUACAACUGCAAAAUGACCAUUGUCUUUAAGCCUGUAGUUAGGUUCUAAGUCUGAUAAACUGUGUCACACUCCAAAACAAUGCACCACACUGCGUACACUCAGGUUGCACACGCCAAGUUCCAUAACGCCUGGAAAAGAAACGCAUGGUAACCGCAAUGUGGAACCCAAUAGCGUCAGUGCAUAAUAAUAUCUGUUCGGAUACAAUCGUGGUUUUAGCACUUUAUUCAAGGAGCCGUCUUCACCACCAGAGGGCAGUACAUGAAGGAUAUUCAGAGACUGAUUAACUACAGUACAAGCUUUAUAAUCUUAUAUCUGUUAGGAGUCUCCACCAUACCCCAAUGGGUUUCACCUUUUAUCUCUGUUUUAUGUUAAUUUUACCCUUUUAGGUUUCUUUUUUUUUUUUUUUAUCACAAAUAAAUUGUUUGUUAGAACCCAUAA